AAAGGCAGCACCUCUAGGUGCUGCUUGUCCUUUGAACCCUCUUUAUGACCUUUGCCCAACCUCGACCUCGAGACGUAGUGCACGUCGCCUCUUUGUUCGGAUCUAUUUCGGGCAGGGCGCCCUAGUGAUGAAAGAGCGUUGUCUGUCCGCAGAUAUGUAUUUCGCACAUUGCGUCCCUGUUUGUGAAUUGUCAGAAAGGUUUCCAAAUCUACACCCGUCCCCGGACAGCAGCCGACUAAUCAGAGAAUCCUACAACACCCUGUGCAACAGAUUCACCUGUUCCGCGUAAGCAACUGCUCACCAAGUACACAUUCGUUGCAAAAAUCACAAUGUCUGAUCAGGGUGCUGGCCGGUCCACAUCUCGACGCAACAGCACUGUCUCUCUGGGCUUAGUGGGUGUCCCACAUGUGGUAGAGCCAAUACAGACUGUGGACGAAUUCAUUUUCGACUUCGAUCCCGCCGUCGCUGGACUAGACACUGAUUUCAACGCACGUAUUGAUGCCUUAUGUGCAGCUGGCCUGCCUGAUGGACAGGCGCUACAAGAACUGCAGACCACAUCGGACUCUACCCUAAACACAGGUUUAGAGCCAUCCGGAUCAUUUGAACCAUAUGAUCUGACGGAUUACAGCUCAUUUCCUGAGCAGCAAAGUUUCAUGUACCCUGAGCCCCAGGACUACUUCAUGGCUCACGAAGCACCAUAUUUCAGCAGCGGCUAUGGUUCCCUAGAUCCAACGUUGGACUUCUACAACACUAUGGGCCUAACUGCGAUACCUGGAAAUAACACGUUCAUUGAGGAUGAAAAUAGUCAAGCUGCGUUACAACCUUAUGAGCAGACAGAUUACAUCCCCGGCGACAAUAGCUCAUGCAACAACACAUCAGUACAAUUCGCAACCUAUCCCCCCGAGGAGCUACAGGUAGCCACGACGAACUCAGUCUUUUCAGCUGAACCGAUUCCAUCGCCAGUCGGCAAACCUGACACGCAAUAUGAAACAGACUCGGGCUCCGACGACGAGUAUCGCAACACUAAAGUGAAGACGACGAAGGCAACGAAGGCAUCCAAGCGAGCGACUCAAAAGAAAAGGGAUUCUGUAAGCUCUGCUAGCACUUCCGCAACUCCCGCUGAACCUGCAAAAUAUCUACCCGGAGAGAAGCCAAAGAAGGUUGACACCAAGCCUUGGAUCCGCACCAACGCCAACACAGAAGGAGACACACGUACCUCAAAGAUUAAUAACUGGAAAAAUAAGUACGGGUAUAAGCCAUUGCCGCUCGGCACGUGGAGCUUCGGCAAGCACACAUUUACGUACACACAAUAUGAGAAUGUUGACUUUCUUACCGAGGCGCCCAUGUCUACCCGCAAGAUCAGCGAUUACAUAUUCAAAUAUCCGAGCGACGAUGAUAAACGCCUUAUUCUUUGGAUUCAAAAGAUGCCUGCUGACCAGGGGCGACGCUAUGGCUCAAAACAGCAUUCAAAGUGCGCCUUCAGAGACUGUCCCAUGCAGCGGUAUGUUGAGGGCACCAUCAGCACCGGUGAGUAUCGCGUCGCCUUUGAUGAGAAGCACCACACAUAUGGGGAUCGCGUAGAUCCUUAUGACUGUACAGCCUAUGCUCAUCUUUACUGCAUGGAACAAUUCCUGGACUUUGAGCGAGUGUGCCAAGAGGCUGACGUGCGUAUUGACACACGUCUCGAUAUGCCACUCGAGCCCAAUGGUAGAGCAGCAUUCUCCAUGGUCGAUGUGCCUGCUCGACACGAGAUAGGACGCUUCCUCAAGGCGGCUUCACAGGGCAAGCUGCGCCAAUCACAGCACUGGUACAAUUAUCCCCUCCAUGCUGACUACAAGCGUGACGAACAGAAGCCCCACGAGUGCACGCUCACCUACUUGGCGCACUGUAUGUAUGAGGCCCAUCAGGACGACUCACAUAAGAGGCAGGCCGCGCUCCGUCGUGUGACUGUUUCGCAGCGACGAGUCCAUCUGGGUGACUUGGAGAUGAGCGUGGCUGAUAAGCGCAUCAUGCUCGACGUUUAUGGCGGUAAGAAAAAGGCUCGAAAUGCUAAGCUUGAAGACCACUAUGACGAGCGCAUUCUUUACCACAUCACCCGGGCCGAACAGGAAGCCAAAGCUUUCCUAGAGGGCAAGCGCCGCAAGAAGACAUCUGCGAAAAAGAGCAAGAAGCGCAAGAUUGGUGAGGGCGAUGACACUGAUGAAGAGGAGGAAUUCACUUGCUCCACUCAAUCGCGCGGGACGCGAACGACUCGACAGAAGAAGCAGCGAGUCAACUACGCAGAGUCGCCAGUCAUGCAGCAGUAUGCGCAGGCAUCAUACGCGCAGCCCCGGCCUGUUCAGCCGGCCUCAACCCUCGAGCAACAAGUUCAGCAUCUUCAGACCCACGUUGCGACAAACUUCAGUCCCCCCCCAAAGCCAGCACCGACCCAACCCCCCAUCGAUCCCAUGCUCGCGCUCGAUUUCCCCUUUAGCCCCUAUACCGUCCCUGCAACCCCCAAGUUCGACAUCUCGGACUUCCCUACCUGCGAAGAUGACCUGCCCAGCGACAAUCUCGAGAAGGUACUGGCCCUCGAGCGACGACAGUCGUUUGCAGCAGAGCUCGGCCCGACAAGUAUCCUGAAGAGCCCUGCAUAUGCACGCACGCCUCGAUCAGUGACAUUUGCGCGACGAGUGGGCUUUGAGGCUCAGCCAGUGAGUGCCAGCAAGGUUUACCGUGUGGAUGACCCGCCGACCUACAUGUCUGGGCGGCGGAGUGCGCGGCUGGCUAAGAAAUAGAAAGACGACUGGUCGUCUUGAUGAACUUGUUCGUUUAAUUGUAGCGUUUUAUUCCUGUAGCGUUUCGGUUUUGUAGCGUUGUUGAAUUCAUAGAGUGG